CUUGCGCAACAGGCGAGACCCACUUUGGUGCCCCAGUGUGAGGACGCAGGUCUGCUAUCUGGAAAAGAAAAAUGUCGUUGCCACAGCCUAUCGAGAAGCCUGAGGUGAAAUUCACCCAGAUUUUCAUCAAUAACGAAUGGGUGAACUCUGUCAGUGGGAAAACUUUCCCUACCAUCAAUCCAUCAACAGGGGAGAAAAUAUGUGAGGUUCAAGAGGCAGACAAGGCUGAUGUUGAUAAGGCGGUAAAAGCAGCACGAGAGGCCUUUAAACUGGGGUCACCAUGGAGACGUUUGGAUGCGUCCAAGAGAGGGGUACUCCUUAACAAACUGGCUGAUCUUAUAAUAAGGGACCUUGUGUACCUGGCCAGUCUUGAGGUGGUGGACAACGGCAAGCCGUUCAAGAAUGCCCUGUUCGACAUGUACUUUGGAGCGGCUACACUGCGUUACUACGCAGGUUGGGCAGACAAGAACGUUGGACAGACGAUUCCAGUUGACGGAGAUUUGUUUGCCUAUACUCGCCAUGAGCCGGUUGGUGUAUGUGGCCAGAUCAUACCUUGGAAUUUCCCCAUUCCUAUGGUCUGCUGGAAGAUCGCCCCUGCCCUGGCAUGUGGAAAUGUGUGCAUUUUAAAGCCGGCCGAACAAACUCCGCUGACGGGCCUGUACGUGUGCUCUCUGAUCAAGGAGGCCGGUUUCCCCCCUGGCGUCGUGAACAUGGUUCCUGGGUACGGCCCAACUGCCGGCGCGGCACUAUCCGAACACAUGGACGUGGACAAGGUGGCUUUCACCGGGUCAACAGAGGUGGGCCAGUUGAUCAUGGCGGCAGCUGCCAAGACCAACCUGAAGGGGGUCACUCUGGAACUGGGAGGCAAGAGCCCCAGCGUGGUGUUCGCCGAUGCUGACUUGGAUCUGGCUGUGGAGAAGAACCACAUUGGUCUGUUCACUAACAUGGGUCAGGUGUGCUGUGCGGGGUCAAGGACAUUCGUGCAAGAAGAAAUCUACGACGAGUUUGUUAAGAAAGCAACAGAACGCGCCAUGAAAAGAACGGUCGGCAAUCCAAUGGAUUUCAACACUGAGUCUGGUCCGCAGAUAGACGAAGAGCAGUUUAAGAAAAUUUUGGAACUCAUCGACAGUGGGGUUAAGGAAGGCGCCAAGCUGCAGUGUGGGGGCAAGAGAAAGGGGGAUAAGGGAUAUUUUAUUGAAUCAACCGUCUUUUCCGAUGUCACCGAUAACAUGAGGAUUGCCAAAGAAGAGAUCUUCGGUCCAGUCCAACAAAUUAUAAAGUUCAAAGAUAUGGAGGAGGUGAUUGAGAGGGCAAACGACACCAAAUACGGCCUGGCUGCCGCGGUAUUUUCGAGAGACUUGGACAAAGUAUUGAAAUUCUCUAACAGCGUCAAGGCAGGGACUGUUUGGGUGAAUACAUAUAAUGACUUUAGUCCUGGGGCCCCGUUUGGUGGAUACAAGAUGUCUGGCGUUGGCAGGGAACUGGGAUCAUAUGGCUUGAAGCAAUAUACGGAAGUGAAAUCGGUGCUUAUCAACUGUCCUGAGAGGAACAGCUAAAGAAUCAAAGUAGAAGUUGGCUUCAAUACAGGCAUUUUCUUAAUGGUGCUUUGCAACUAGACACUUUGAAAUAAUUUUUUUCAUAGAACUGCUGUUCUUAAAAAAUUACAGUGAUCUAUCAGAUAAAACUUUUGUUAAAUUGUCAGUGGUGCUGUUUUGUGAAUCAGUGUGGAGAAGUGAGAACAUUUUGCAUACACUGUAAAAACGAAAAAUUAAACGACGCUUUAAAAAUUCACCAACAAAACGAAAUAUUAAUUUUACUUGUGUCGCUUAUUUACACGUAUUAAGGCCUGGUCAUUGAAUAGGAUCGAGUGCAAUUUGACAUGUGAUCUUAAACUAUAGAUAAAGUGAUUAUGCGGACGACACAUCUAUAUGUAUUGUCGAGAACAGAUGGCAAAAUAAGCAUGCUUCUAAAUAUAGCUUGUUUUUGUGCGUUAACUAAUAAAGGCGUGUUAUCUGUUACUUGCC